AUGUUACCCUCUUUAACAAAGUAUUCUACUUUUCCAUUUAAAUCAAAUGAUGACCCAGUAAUUUUUACAUUAUAUUCAACCACCUCGAGUGAUAUGAACUCUGACAACUUUGACAAUUUUUAUAAAAUGGUUACUCAACAAACAAGCUACUUUAUAAAAAAGGUGAAAACCUAUGGUGAAUUUAGUGAAAUUAUUGAAGGUAUGUUUGACUGGAAUAUUAUGGGAACAUUGAGUGAUGGAGUUCAAGUAUAUUACGUUGAUGAUUGUGACCAUGAAAAUGUGAAAGGAGACGAACAACACGUGAGAGAGAACGAAAUCGUGUCGAACGAGGAAAUCAUUAUGGAAGAAGAGGAAGUUAUAGAAAUGUCUGGUGUGAACUUUUAUGAAGGAUGUUAUGAUCUUGGGAUGAAAUUUAUUAAAGUUGAUUAUGGCGUUUAUGAAGAAAACGCGCAGAAUCAUUGCGAAAGAUUUUCAAGUGAUGAUCAUGAAAAAGAAUCUUGGAAAUUGGACGCGCGAAAAGAUGGGGAACACAAGCAAUUGAAACGUCGAAUUCAAGAGUUGAACGAUCAACUUGGCGUAUGA